GAACCACAUUUCCCAGAGUGCACGGCGAGAUAGCGGCCUAGGCAGCGCUCGCCGGCCGGCGCCAUUUCCAUGGAGGGAGCGGAGGUGCGGCCAGUGAGCAUGGCGCUGUUCCCGGCCUUUGCAGGUGUUAGUGAGGCCGCCGGUAGUGGGGACUCCAGGAGAGAAUUAGACUGGCUCAGCAACCCAAGCUUUUGUGUUGGCAACUUAACAUCACUGAGCCAACAAACUGAAGAGGCCCCAGCCCUUGCUUCUGGAGGGUCACCGCUGAAAAGGAGUCCUCUACAAUCAGAGCUCUCCGAUGAUAGUGACUCUAGCAAGAAGCUCACACAGAUAAGCAGAAAAAAGAAGAAAGAGAGAAAGAAAAAAAGGAAGCAUCAGCACCGGAAGAAAACAAAAAAGAAACACGAGCAGUCCAGUACUACUGGGUCUGAGUCGGAUUCGGAUUUGGGAAAGGACAGGUCUUCCAGAACCCUCGGUAGUCAGAAGGAAUCUGAGAAACCCAACAGUCAAGGACAUAAUGCUGCUGCUGAUACAGGACAUUGCUCCAUUUGGUUGGAAGACAUUCAGAGUUUGACAGGAGAAGUCUUCAGAACAGAUAAAAAACCAGAUCCUGCCAACUGGGAGUACAAGUCUCUGUACCGAGGGGAUAUCGCAAGAUACAAGCGGAAAGGAGACUCCUGCCUGGGUAUUAACCCUAAGAAGCAGUGUAUAUCUUGGGAAGGGGCUUCUGCAGCAAAGAGGCGCUCACACAAGCAACUGGAGCGUUAUUUUACCAAGAAGAAUGUGGGAUUGAUGAGCAUCGAUGGAAUGGCUGUGAGCAGUAAUGCUGAGCCUCUGUCCUCUGAGCCAGCCACCUUUAUUCCAGUGAGGGACUCUGCUGAUGUGGCUGUUCCUGGUACCACAUGGUUGAAUCCUCUGGGGAUUUAUGAUCAGUCAACCACACAGUGGUUACAAGGACAGGGUCCAACAGAGCAAGAAUCCAAGCAGCCAGACUCACAAGAAGACAGGGAGAGAGCUGUUCUUAAGGCCAGAGUAGAGGAGUUUAACAGAAAGGUUCGGGAGAAUCCUCGGGACACUCAGCUGUGGAUGGCAUUUGUGGCUUUUCAGGACGAGGUGAUGAGGAGCCCUGGCCUGUAUGCCCUUGAGGAAGGCGAGCAGGAGUGGCGGAAGAAGUCCCUGAAGCUCCUCCUGGAGAAGAAGCUGGCAGUGCUGGAGCGGGCCAUUGAGAGCAACCCGAGCAGCAUGGACCUGAAGCUGGCCAAGCUGAAGCUCUGCGCUGAGUUCUGGGAGCCCUCCAUGCUUGUCAAGGAGUGGCAGAAACUGAUCUUCUUACACCCCAAUAACACAGCCCUGUGGCAGAAAUAUCUUUUGUUUUGCCAGAGCCAGUUCAGCACCUUUUCAAUAUCAAAAAUUCACAGUUUGUAUGGCAAAUGCUUGAGCACUUUAUCUGCCGUGAGGGAUGGCAGCAUCUUGUCUCACCCUGCGGAGCCUGGCACGGAAGACGCCAUGUUUGUGCUCUUUCUUCAGCAGUGCCACUUUCUGCGGCAGGCUGGCCACUCGGAGAAGGUCAUCUCUUUGUUCCAAGCCAUGGUUGACUUCACCUUCUUCAAGCCUGACAGUGUGAAAGAGCUGCCUACUAAAGUACAGGUAGAAUUCUUUGAACCCUUCUGGGAUAGUGGUGAGCCCCGGGCUGGGGAGAAGGGAGCCCGAGGCUGGCGAGCAUGGAUGCACCAGCAGGAGCGGGGUGGCUGGGUGGUCGUCAACCAAGACGAGGAUGAUGAUGAGCCAGAAGAGGAAGAACAGGAGAUAAAAGACAAGACUCUGCCCAGGUGGCAGAUCUGGCUUGCUGCUGAACGUUCUCGAGACCAGAGGCACUGGCAGCCUUGGUGUCCUGAUAAGACCAAGAAGCAAACUGAGGAUGACUGUGAGGAUCCUGAGAGACAGGUGUUGUUUGACGAUAUAGGACAGUCUCUGAUCAGACUUUGCAGCCCAGAUCUUCAGUUCCAGCUGAUCGAGGCCUUUCUGCAGUUCUUGGGUGUGCCUUCUGGCUUCCUUCCUCCAGCCUCCUGCCUUUACCUGGCCAUGGACGAGAGCAGUGUCUUUGAUAGUGGACUCUAUGAUGAAAAGCCCUUGACUUUCUUCGACCCUUCCUUUUCUGGCAUCAGCUGUGUUGGCCACAUGAAUCAGCUGGGUUGUCCUCGAUGGACCAGGGGUCACAACCGAGAGGGCGAGGAGUUUGUCCGCAACAUCUUCCACCUUGUGCUGCCUUUGUUCUCAGGCAGGCGGAAGUCCCAGCUCUGCUUCUCCUGGUUACGGUACGAGAUUGCCAAGGUCAUUUGGUGUCUGCACACUAAAAAGAAGAAAUUAAAGUCGCAGGGGAAGAACUGCAAAAAACUAGCCAAGAAUCUCCUCAAGGAGCCAGAAAACCGAAACAACUUUUGCCUCUGGAAGCAGUAUGCAUACCUGGAGUGGUUGCUUGGUAACAUAGAGGAUGCCAGAAAAGUGUUUGAUACAGCACUCAGCAUGGCAGGCAGCAGUGAGCUGAAGGACCGAGAACUCUGUGAACUUGGUCUGCUCUAUGCCGAGCUGGAGGUGGAAGUGUCACCGGACUUGCGAGGGGCUGCCACAGGCCGAGCAGUCCACAUACUAACUCGGCUGACUGAGAACAGUCCCUAUGGGUCCUACACUGGGCAGGUCUUGGCUACUCAUGUUCUGAAAGCCCGAAAGGCUUAUGACCACGCGCUGCAGGACUGUCUGGGUGCGAGCGGUGCCUCUGGCCCGGCUCCUGCAGAGUCUUUGGACUGCCUGAGCAGCUUGGUCAAAUGCUUUAUGCUCUUCCAGUAUUUGACUGUAGGGAUCGAUGCUGCUGUGCAGAUUUAUGAGCAGGUAUUUGCCAACCUGAAGGGCUCUGUUCUCCCAGAAGGCCCUGGGGAGGAGAACUCCCAGAGUUUGACCAGCGUUCUCGAAGCAGUCACCCUGAUGCACACAAGUCUGCUGAGAUUCCACAUGAAAGUUAGCCCUUACCCUCUAACUCCACUUCGAGAGACGCUCUCGGAGGCUUUAAAGCUCUAUCCAGGCAAUCAGGUUCUUUGGAGGGCAUAUGUACAGAUUCAGAGUAAGUCCCAUAGUGCUAACAAGACCAGAAGAUUCUUUGAUGCAGUCACCAGGUCUGCCAAACCCUUGGAGCCUUGGUUGUUUGCAAUUGAAGCUGAGAAAAUGAGGAAAAGCCUGGUGGAAGCUGUUCAGAGGGUAGGUGGUAGAGAGAUCCAUGCUACCAUCCCUGAGACUGGCCUUACUCAUCGGAUCAGAGCCCUGUUUGAAAAUGCAAUUCGGACUGAUAAGGGCAGCCAGUGCCCCUUACUGUGGAGGAUGUAUAUGCAUUUUUUGGUUUCCUUAGGAAACAAAGAAAGAAGCAAAGGUGUAUUUUACAAGGCACUUCAGAACUGCCCUUGGGCAAAGGUGCUGUACAUGGAUGCCAUGGAGUACUUCCCGGAUGAGCUGCAGGAGAUCCUGGAUCUGAUGACUGAGAAGGAGCUCCGGGUGCGCCUGCCCCUGGAGGAGCUGGAGCUCCUGCUGGAGGACUAGUGUGUGGUGGGGCUGCACCAGUCUGAGGAGCAGAGCAGGAUCAGGGGGAGCCACGGCUCAUGAGAUCAUUUUCCAUUAUUUGUGUCUGGGUGGUGAGCCCCACCUAUCUGGCACAGGUUUUAGAUGCAUUGUUUUACAUAUCAUAUAUGUGACUAUAUGUACAUGUGUACAGAUGAAUAAUCAUGCUAGUGAUAAACAUUUUUGUUUGAAA